GAAUCAUUCUUUUUUAAAGAUUAAAAAAUAAAAGUAGCUCAUUUCUUUUUAAAUGGAGGGAGUAUAUAAAAGGAUCCUUUAAUUUCACUAUUCGCAUUUUCCAAUUUUUUAUGAAAUUUAUUUUAGGGUUAGGGUUUAUCGUAUUUCUAAUGGCUUCAACAGCAGCGACAAAAUCGACGGCGACGGCGGCGGCGACGGCAACAACUUCCGAGAAGAAGAAUCCGGUGUUUGUGAAAGUGGAAACACUAAAACCUGGAACACAUGGUCAUAACUUGACGGUUAAAGUUGUUGAAUCGAAUCCGGUGAAAGCUACCGGCGGCGGCGGAGGUCGCGGUGGUAGAUUAUUGGUGAAUUCGAGACCUCCGGCGAGGAUCUCUGAGUGCCUUAUUGGUGAUGAAACGGCUUCUAUCCUCUUCACUGCUCGUAACGAACAAGGUAAAUAAAUAAAUAAAUAUAUAUAUAUAUAUAUUAAGUUUGUUUUAUUUAUGUGUUUUUUUUUUGUUUAGUGUUCAAUUUUUAGUAUAUAUACUUUUGUAGAUGAUAAAUUUGGCUUGUUAUUCUUGAAAUGAAAGUGGAAAUGAGUGUGAAAAGAUGAAAAAUUUAAUUUUUAUGUUUAAAUUUGGCUUGUUAUUGAUUAAUCUUUUUCUCAUUUUAAUGAUAUAGUUUAUAGAUAGGUUAAUGUGUGGUGAAAAAGCACGAAAUUUUGUAGAGGAUUUGUAUAGCUAAAUGUAAUUAGUAUGGAUUGAUGCUUAA